GGGUGGGGCGUGCAGUUUCGGUUUGAUCUGUGCUGUGGGUGGCCGGCUGUUGGGAAGUCGGCGUUUGGGGAGAAAUGCGUCGGCGUUGGUUUUGUGUGCGAAAGCAGCCGUUUUUUUUUUCAUUUUGAGUUGGUGUUCUAUGUGGUGGGGGAGUUCGUGUCUGAAGCGUUUUGACGACCGGGUCACUAGAGAAGUGAAAAGGGUUUUCUUUUUUCUUUUUGUUUCCGUUUCGAUUGUCUCUUAGCGACCUUAGUGCUGUUUUUGCGGACUGAUCGAGUGGGACUUUCUGAUGGGGUGUUCUCUUCUUGGAACUGGGAUCGGAUUGGGAAGUAUAGUGAAAAGCUAGGAUCGGAUGGAGGAGUGUAGCGCUGAUCUCGAUUGCUUGAUUUGCCGAUUCUCCUGAAAAUCAGAUUGAUAUGUUGCACUUUUUCGGGUAGUAUUUACUGCUCCUUUUUAGGCAGUAUUGAUGAGGAAAAAGAGGAAAGGGAGUGAAGCUGAUGAGUCUACUCAGCUGCCGGAACUUUCGAGAUCUGUCCAUGAUUUGCAGUCGUCGAAUCUGAGGUCUCAUUAUUCGUUGGAAGGUUAUACGAGGCUGAAGAAGAGGUGCAAAGAAGAUGCGGGCACUGAACCUGUUGCUUCCUGUAAAAGUAGGCUGGCGGGCAUCGCCACAGCUCCGCCUUGCGGCAGCUCGUCCUUGGUUGCUCCUGGGAGAGGUUUAAAGAGGAAGAUAGGAUGUAUAGACGUUGCUACCCGAAUGGGUCGGAAGAAAAAGAUUGAGGAUGAUUACAUUUCAGGUGACUCAAUUGGCCAAGGAAAAUUUGGUUCUGUUUGGCUCUGUAGGUCUAAGAUCACUGGUGUGGAAUUUGCCUGUAAGACUUUGAAGAAAGGGGAGGAUUUAGUUCACCGGGAAGUGGAGAUAAUGCAGCAUUUAUCGGGAGAUCCGGGGGUUGUAACGUUGAAGGCAGUGUAUGAGGAGCCAGAAUCUUUUCACCUGGUGAUGGAGUUAUGCUCUGGGGGACGUUUGAUUGAUCAGAUGGUGAAGGAAGGUCCUUUUUUAGAGCAGCGGGCUGCAAAUAUAUUCAAGGAGGUGAUGGUUGUCAUCAAAUAUUGUCAUGAAAUGGGUGUCGCUCACAGAGAUAUCAAGCCCGAAAAUAUCCUGCUUACACCCUCAGGAAAGUUGAAGCUUGCAGAUUUUGGACUAGCCAUGAGAUUCUCUUCUGGUCAGAGCUUAACAGGUUUGGCAGGAAGUCCCGCUUAUGUUGCUCCAGAAGUUCUGAUGGGGAAUUAUUCUGAGAAAGUUGAUAUAUGGAGCGCGGGUGUCCUGCUAUAUGCACUCUUGCUGGGCGCUCUUCCCUUUCAAGGUGACUCACUAGAAGAAGUCUUUGAGGCAAUCAAAAGUGUGAAGCUUGAUUUUCAGUCAGGCAUAUGGCAGUCUGUGUCCACACCUGCUCGUGAUCUAAUUGCAAGAAUGCUGACAAGAGAUGUUUCCGCUAGGAUAACUGCAGAGGAAGUAUUAAGGCAUUCUUGGAUCUUGUUCUACACCGAGCGCUCAAAACUAAAGAACCAAGUGGCAGCUUCCUCUGUACAAGUGUCUGCUGCACCUGGCCUUGAGCAAUGUGGAAGCAGAGUAUGCUCUGGUUCUUCCAAUAGAGGCUCAAGACUUCCAUCACCCUCUAGUCUGAGCUGCGAGCCUGAGGAGUUUGAUGAAUGUUGUUUUGUGGAUGCCCUUUCAGUUGCUAUCUCACAAGUUAGGAUUUCAGAGCCAAAGAGGAGCAGGCUGUGUAGUCCCACAGGCCCAAUAGAGCAACAGUGCUCCUCUAACAUAAGGUCUAAUACACUCUGUAAAGCUUUCUGA